AAAAGAAGACAGAAGCAAGAAAAAGGAGAGAGAAACGACUUUGUUGUUGUUUUGGUUCAUGCUUUUUCGACGAACAACAAAACCUCUUCUCGAUUCAGAUCAUCCACAACGCAACACUAACUCAACUCCCUUUGCCAAAUCCACGUCAAAUCUCACCGACCCAUUUCCUAUUCACACCCCCUUUUCCUAAUUCCCAAACCUCCCUUUUUCAAUUCAUCUUCAAUCAAUUCUCCGAUCAAUCUCUCUCCAUUUCUCCCCAUUCCCAUUCUCCACACACACUUCUUCUUCUUCCUCCUUUUUUCUUGAUUACAAGAUUCCAACGAUAAUGAACGUAAAAUUUGAUGUGGUAUCAUAGCAACAGCAUGCAGUAACUGAAGCUAAAUAGAUAUAUAUACACAUCAUAUAUACGUGUUCAGUUACAGAUUUGUAACAAUCUAUAAUCAAAUAUGUCGAAUGAAGUUGCAAAAACCAAAAGAGAAGAGAUUGCAGCAUGCAUGACUUGCCCACUUUGUAACAAAUUCUACAAACAAGCUACAACUAUAUCUGAAUGUCUUCACACGUUUUGUAGGAAGUGCAUUUAUGACAAAAUUACUGAUGAAGAUUUGGAAUGCUGUCCAGUGUGCAACACUGAUUUGGGCUGUGUUCCACUUGAGAAACUAAGGCCGGACCACAAUAUGCUAAACAUAAGGUACAUAGUUUUCCCUUCAAAGCGGAAGCGAAGAGAGGUGAAAGAACCUGAAGUUGUCGCUGCCUCAGUAGAGCCGGUACCAUUGCCAGCUAAAAGAAAAGAGAGAUCUCUUUCAUCCUUGGUGGUCAACACACCAAGAGUAUCUGCACAAUCAACCAUGACAGGAAGAAGAACGAAACCUACAAGAAAAGCUAGCAGUAUGCGGUCCUCUAGUUUUUCCAUUGAAAAGUCAAUUAAACAAGAGGAAGAAUUAUUGGACAACCGUCCCGAGAGUUCAAGCUCGCCUGAAACUUCAAAUAAGUUGCGUCAAAAUAAUGGACAGAGUGAGGGCAGUCAAUCCCCACCAAAUAAAGAAGCAGAGAACGGUGCCGAAUCAUGGGAUGCAAAGAUGGAUCUUUGGAAGCCUUUGAAUGAUUUAGUAGAGAUCGCAAGCAGGACUAAAUCUUUCAAGUCUAAUACCCAACGGUCCGAUGCCAAACCAGAACAUGUUCAAGUAAAUGAGAGUGACUCUGUAGUGCAGAAAAUCAAAAAUAAGGAAAAUAAACGCAAGGCAAAAGUUGAGGAUGAAAAGAGUAGCCCUUUUCCAGUUUGUUCGGAUACAGCAAAACCAAAUAAAUUGCGCAGAGUACGCAGGAAAAAGGAACCAUUUGGAGAAUCAGGCAUAUCUCCCCAAGCUGUGGUGGAUUCUACCAGCAAUAAACACUUUAAGAGUAGUCCAAUUUGGUUAUCCUUAGUAGCUACUGAAAAUCAGGAAGGAGAAGCACCCUUGCCGAAUAUUCCUGCAAUCUAUUUGAGAAUAAAGAAUGGAAGCGCGCCUGUCUCAUGUAUCCAAAAAUACCUAUUGCAGAAACUCAAUCUGACCAGUGAAACCGAGAUUGAGAUUAAGUGUAUGGGUCAUCCAGUGCUCCCUACACUUAACCUACAUGAUUUGGUUGAGUUGUGGCUGGAUUCAGCAGCAUCUGCAUCAGACCGAAUUCCAGCAAUUAUCGGGUCCUCGGCAAAGGAUUUUGUCAUGGUCCUCGCUUAUUCUCGGAAGACUCCACACCCUUGAUCAUGGUCUUGUUGCACCAUGGAAGUUGGAACUCUUCAUCAAUGUAUCAUCACAUUUUUAGGCCAAACAAUUUUUUAUAUAGAAAUUCAUCUUUCUCCAUAAAAACAAACCCCUUCUUGCCAUUAUUAGCUUAGAACAUCCUGAUCUGAUUGAUCAUUGUAAUGGUAUAAUGGUCAUUACAUCCUGAUUUUUCUAGACUUCUUUUUAGCUUUUUAAAUUAUCUUGUUAUUGCAAUAAUUUGUAGUGCACAUGUGACUUAGGUAGCUAAAGGCCACCAUAAUGGUCAUAAGAUAUACUUUGUUGGGAAUUUGACAUUUGAAUGAAGAGUUUUUUUUUUUUUUU